AUGAGAAUUAAUCGUAUCGAAGAUAGAAUGGAUGACAACAGUUCGCUCGGUCACCAGAACGGUGGCGGAAGUGCAGUUGGCCAGCUGGGAGGUAUUGGAGGCGGUGCGGGCAGCGGCCAGGGCGUUGGAACCGGCGGGCUUGGUGACAUGAGCAACAGUGGUGCCGGCAGCGGGCUGGUAGGCAAGGGAGGUGCGGCCGGCGGUGGUAUGUCCGGUGCCGGGAACUGCGACGAUCAGAACAACAAAACGCCGACCCAGUACUCGAUCCCCGGCAUACUGCACUUCAUCCAGCACGAGUGGGCACGGUUCGAGCUCGAGCGAUCGCAAUGGGACGUGGAUCGGGCAGAGCUGCAGGCAAAAAUUGCAGUGCUGGUGGGCGAACGGAAGGGUCAGGAAUCCCUCAAAUCCGAUCUGAUCCGGCGCAUUAAGAUGCUAGAGUAUGCACUGAAACAGGAACGUGCUAAAUUUCAUCGAUUAAAGUACGGCGUCGAUCCACCAAUGAACGAUAUCAAACCACCAACGGAUGAGCCGGGUAUUGGAACAGAAGUAGCUCCCGAUCCGGAGGUACCGUACAGUUCCGUGUCGAACAUAACCUGGCGGCAGGGUAGACAGCUGUUGCGUCAGUAUUUGCAGGAGAUUGGCUAUACCGAUACAAUACUAGAUAUACGCUCGAACCGGGUGCGCUCGCUGCUAGGGUUGAACAAUAACAGCGAGCAGGAGGAAAACGUCAAUCCGAACGUAAACGGCGGGACGGAAUCGAACAAGCGGGCCAGCGAAUCGCAAGGACGCCGAACGCCGGCUAAAAAACCAUCCUCUGUAACUGAAGCGAUGAUACUGGACUCGGAGGCGGCGGUCAUCGCGAACUUUGAGUUCCUGGCCCGGGAGGACGUGGAGAUGUCGGACGACGAUGAUGUGUCGGACGAGAUAGACCUCGUCGUCGGGGACAGUGACGAUACGGACAUGAAAACGACCAAACGGAAAGCCAAAGGAAACACUUUGAAUGACGAUAUGGACGCAGAAGCGGAUGAAGUAAUCAAUGAGUUGAAUCCAUUAACAGAAGGUGAGGAUGUUAUUAUGGAGGACAGUAACAAAAUCGGGGUCGCCGGAGAUGAUCUUUAUGUUGGAUAUAAUAAAACUGGAAUGCCACGCCAUCCGACGAUACCGGGCAUAGGCAACGAUGAGGAGGUGGAUUCGUCACUCGGUGAGCUGGCUCAGCUGACGGUAAACAACGAGACGGAGUCGGCGUACGAUGUGUCCAACUCGAAGGAGCCAUACCGCAAGACGUGGAACGCCAAGUACACGCUCCGUUCGCACUUUGACGGUGUGCGGGCAUUGGCUUUCCACCCACAGGAACCGGUCCUGAUAACUGCCUCUGAGGACCACACGCUGAAGCUGUGGAAUCUACAGAAAACUGUGCCAGCGAAAAAGUCUGCUAGUCUCGACGUGGAACCCCUGUACACGUUCCGCUCGCAUAACGGACCGGUGCUGUGUCUCGCAAUGUCAGCGACCGGCGAGCAGUGCUAUUCGGGUGGGCUAGACGGUGCGAUCAACUGCUGGAAUCUGCCGAGCUCCAACAUCGAUCCGUACGAUAGCUACGAUCCAGAGGUGAUGCGUUGCACAAUCGAUGGACACACGGAUGCCGUCUGGGGGUUGGCCGUGAAUCAUGCGAAGAACACGCUCGUGUCCUGUUCGGCGGACGGUACCGUCAAGCUGUGGUCACCGUCGGGUAAGAUCCCCACCAACAGUACCACCUUCACGUCCGAAACGGAGGGUAUACCGACGUCGGUGGACUUUGUGAAGGAUCAGAUCGAUCGUAUCGUGGUCGCGUACAGCAGCACACACUGCAUCAUCUACGAUACCGAGACGGGCAAGCAGGUGGUGAAACUAGAGGCCAGCCAGGAGAUGACCGGCAAUCUCGGCAAACACAUCAACAAGGUGAUCAGCCAUCCGACGCUGCCGGUCACCAUAACGGCGCACGAGGAUCGUCACAUCCGGUUCUGGGACAAUGGUACCGGAUCGCUAGUGCACUCGAUGGUGGCCCAUCUCGACGCGGUCACCAGUUUGGCGAUCGAUGCGCACGGACUGUACCUGCUAUCCGGUUCGCACGAUUGCUCGAUCCGACUCUGGCACAUGGACAACAAAACGUGCGUACAGGAAAUUACGGCGCAUCGGAAAAAGUUCGACGAAAGCAUACUGGACGUCGCCUUUCAUCCCUCGAAACCGUUCAUUGCCAGUGCCGGCGCUGACGCCAUAGCGAAGGUGUUCGUUUAA